UUCUCAAUAUUCCAACUUCGUAAUUUGGGGUUGACGUGGACGCAAAUUUGAUACAACAUGACAUUAGUCUGGAGUUGAAAUACAUGAUUAUGCGUGAAGAACCGACCGUGGCCGAUUUUCGCAGACCCUACAGGAUUUGAACCUCCGACCCAGCCAUGAUGGCAGCCCAAGUACCAACCUCGGCAUUGGCAUCGGCACCAGCAUCGAGGGCGGAAGCGCCAACUCGUACAUCUGCCCCCUACGGCCAAGCUUGCAUCAAUUGCGUUAAGGCAAAAUGCAAAUGCAUCCUUAUCCAUCGCGACGGGCCCGGCCCCGGCUCCGGCUCCGGCUCCAGCUCAGGACCUGAGAAUCGUACAUCUGUAGAGUCUUCAAUGAGUGCUAUCUGCGAAAGAUGUGCUCGUCUGGGUCGAGAAUGUAAACCAUCGAACAGCGUCAGGAAACGGGGGGUUGCCGGUUCCAGGCGUGUGGAUCGCGGCUCCUCCUCGCCUGGAGUGUCCAAGAGCACGUCUGCUGCGAUUAGAGCUGCUAGCCUCGAGCAAAAAAUCGAAGAUCUCGUUGCGGCACUCAAGGCUCAGACUAGCUCUACGACCGCAAGGGCGGAUCCUGGUUCUAGCACGUCCUCAGUGCCCGACUGGCGUUCGAGCAAUGCCAUCACCAGGACUAUUGCCACCGGCCCAACCGUCGUCACUCCCGCGUCUACGGUCGAAUCAGUACCCAGUCCGUUAUCUGCACCAGUUUGUGGACCGGCCCCAGGAGAUUCCAUCUCGCCACUCCAGGCCGAAGAGACGCUCGCCUUUUUUCGCCAACAUUACCUUAUGUUUUUCCCUUUUAUCUACUUACCGUCUGAUAUGACUGCUGAAAGGUUACAGCGUGAUCGGCCAUAUCUUUUCCUCAAUAUCCGCGCCUUAUGUUCCAGGUCGCCUAUCGAACAGGCAGCUCUCAAUCAUCGAAGUAGAGAAGAGCUUGCGCGUAGAGUUCUUGUUGAUCUUGAUCCUAACAUCGACACGCUAUUAGGCACUGUCUGUUACCUUGGAUGGAUCAUGCACUUGUGUUUCAAGCCAGGCACAGUCACUACAAUUGGUAUGGCUACGACGCUCGUUACCGUUCUUCGUCUUGAUAGGCCAACACAUGAAGAAGACCCUCGCAUGACGCAUUGUUUUAAAACGGUCGGUUUUGCCAAGAUUAAUUAUUCCACUGUUCGAACAAUGGAGGAAAGGAGGAUCACAUUAGCCUGCUAUGUCGGCUGCAUAAGUUGCGCUUCCUUUAUGAAAUGCCCGGCAAUGCGUUGGACACCGCAUAUGGAAGAUAGUCUCAAGAUUCUGGCUGCCAAUCCUGAAUGGGAGGGUGACAAAGUCCUCGUUUUGAUGGUUCGUAUAUGGAGACUAGCAGAAAAUAUCUUUCAACUCCAGGCAGAAUGGGUCUCGGAUUGCGAUAAACACGGCAAUUCGAAAACACCGGUCACUAUCUAUAUAAAAUACUUUCACCAAUGUCUUCAGACGAUUAAGGAUGAGCUACCGGCGUCGCUGAAGGAUAAUCGGCUUGCAACAACACUGAUCAUGCAGGCCGAGAUGCUCAUUGCAGAGAUAUCGCUAUCUAGUCGAAGUCAUUGGGAAGCGCACACGGACACGAGAACACGGCCACCCGACGUGUCUCGUCCUAUCGACAUUGGCCACGUCGAGGCGAAUUUCGUAGCACUGCAAGCAAGCAAAGCAUCCUUUGAGCAAUUCCUCACCUUUGAACUCUCUGAUUUUGUGGGAUUUUCCUUUCCUGUUUUGCUCAACCUGUACCGCGCCGCAGGUGUUCUGUACCGGCUGCGCAUGAUGGACGAGCCCGGAUGGGACGGCUGCGCUGUUACAAACAGCGUCGAGCUGCUACCAGCAUUAGAUCAACUCGCCGAACGCUACAGCGAGUUGCUGAGAGUCUACGGCUUCUUGGCCGAGACGGAUGGGGAGGGCAACGAGUGCCUUUCUUUCUUUUCUAAGAGCAUGAGGACGCUUAGUAGCACGUCGGCGAUGUGGCGAGCGCAUUUUGCACAGGCGGAUGCAUUGGCAAAGGUCAACACGGACACGUCUGCCGGUAGCGCCGAUACAGGCACCCUCGAGACUGAGUCCAAGGUCCCGCCGGCUUCGGUCGGCGUCGGCUUGAGCCCGAAUGUUAUGAGUAGGGUGACUUAUCCGGCAAUGCCUAAUUUCAUGUUGCCAGAGGUGUUUCCAAUGGAUUUUUCUAUGGAUGACGCCUGGUGUAAUGAAAUCAUGUCUUCCUGGGAGCCAGGUCUACUCAGACCCUACUGACCUUUAUCUAUGCACUUGACAUCUCGAACAGGUGAUCAUAGCAUCACGGCGCAGGGCUAGGGAAGUUUCCAUUCAUGCAGUGUAGCAUUCAUGCAUGACUGUAUUUGUAUAAUAUUGUAUAUUCUGUUAGUGAUACAAUGAUGGUUAUCCAGUAUGAUAAGUGCGCGAAGUACGACGGAUAUAGGGCAAGAACGGACAUAAAAUGAUUAGAACGGGCAACAUUUUACUCCGCCUGAUUCUCACUAGAUACUAUAAAGCAUGGGAGAUGGCUGACCUUCAUAGCGUCAGACACCUAUGAAUCAUAAAUAAGCUUACUCGGGCUUGCCUACCU